UUCAAGUGGUGAGGAGGUUCGGACGAGCAGACGCAGGCACUAUCUGCGUAGCCGGCGGCGGUCAAAUCAAGGCCGGGUGAAACCUUCCGUCUCGUCCAACGAAGAAGCUAAGCCAGUUGAGACGUGUCCUCCGACCUCCAAGCAGUACGGCCCGAAGGUAGGUGAGCGCACUUUUACGUAAGCAGCAACAGGUUGGCUAAACUGUCCCACUUGAACCACUGCAAGACCGCGUCAAGAAAGAAACGAUGGCUAUCCUUCGCUUCUACCAGUCGCCUGCCCUUUCAGACAGUGCUCUGAAGGGCAAGCUAGCUGCCAUCAAUGGGGCCCUUGGGCAAGAUGCUGCCAAAGAACUGCUGACUGAAUACUGCUACUACGUUCAACUGCAAGGACAGCAGGCACUUAAUCAAGAGCAACUGAAGCACCUCAUCUGGCUCCUAACACCUGGAUUUAAGAUUCACCUUGACCAGCAAACAACCCUGCAAGAAAACACACCAGCGAGCCUUCUUGUUGAAAUUGGUCCAAGGCUCAACUUCUCUACACCUUCAUCAACACAGUCUGUAGCCAUCUGCCAAACAAUUGGGCUUGACUGCAUCGACCGCAUAGAGCGUUCCACACGUUAUCUGAUAAAGUUUAAAGAUGGUUUUGCGUUUUCAAAAAAGAAUGAGGACAAGGUAGUGGAUGUGCUGCAUGAUCGCAUGACAGAGACCCGCUACCUGACACCUGUGACAACGUUCGAGCUGCCCGCUAGCACUCACUCCUGGGAAGAGGUGGACAUACUUCAGCAUGGAAGGAAAGCCCUGGAACGAGUUAGCACUGAACUAGGCCUGUCAUUUGAUAACUGGGACUUGGAUUUCUACACGGAUUUGUUCAAGAACAAGCUCAGGAGGAAUCCAACCACUGUUGAGUGCUUCGACUUGGCCCAGUCCAACAGCGAGCACAGCCGGCACUGGUUCUUCAAGGGCCGACUGGUGGUAGAUGGGAAAGAAGUGCCGCACUCACUGUUCUCGCUCAUUACGGCCACCCAGAACACCAGCAACGACAACAAUGUCAUCAAGUUCUCGGACAAUAGCAGUGCGAUUCGAGGAUAUCAAGUCAGGGCACUGCAGCCUAAAGACACCACAACAGGCAGUGCAUUCAAGGUUUUCAAUGCACAUCGUCACAUCAUAUUCACUGCAGAAACACACAAUUUUCCGACAGGGGUUGCGCCGUUCAGUGGGGCCACUACAGGAACUGGUGGACGGAUUCGUGACGUUCACGCCGCUGGCCGUGGAGCACAUGAGAUUGCAGCCACAGCCGGAUAUUGCUUUGGCAAUCUUCACAUUCCUGGAUACAAUCUACCCUGGGAAGAACCCCAGCAGUACCCCAACAACUUUGCCCCACCCUUGGAAGUCGCCGUGGAGGCCAGUAACGGAGCAUCCGACUAUGGCAACAAGUUUGGCGAGCCUGUGCUCUCUGGUUUCUCUCGUUCCUUCGGAAUGGUGCUACCUGGUGGGGAACGGCGGGAAUGGAUCAAGCCCAUCAUGUUCUCCGGUGGGAUCGGCAGCAUUGACAGCGAUCAGAUCACCAAAGACAAGCCUGAAAAGGGCAUGCUCGUGGUCAAGAUCGGUGGUCCUGUGUACCGCAUCGGUGUUGGUGGUGGUGCUGCUUCCUCUGUGACUGUUCAGGGAGACCAAGAGGCAGAACUAGACUUCGGCGCUGUGCAGCGUGGAGAUGCUGAGAUGGAACAGAAGUUGCACCGCCUGGUGCGAGCUUGUGUGGAGCGUGGGGCAGCUAAGAACCCUAUAAGGAGCAUUCACGACCAGGGUGCAGGAGGAAAUGGCAAUGUGCUGAAAGAGAUAGUAGAGCCUGCCGGAGCUGUCAUCUGGACCAAGAACUUUCAGCUUGGUGACCCUACCAUCACCACUAUGGAGCUGUGGGGUGCAGAGUACCAGGAGAGCGAUGCCAUUUUGGUUCGGCCAGAGGACAAGGACGUACUGCUGCGCAUCGCAGCGCGAGAGCGUUGCCCCGUUUGCAUUGUUGGAGAAGUGACGGGAGAUGGUCACGUCGUCCUCAAGGAAGACAAGACCCCCGGUAAAAGGGACCCUGUUGACCUCGACUUGGAGUCUGUACUUGGAGACAUGCCACGCAAGGUGUUUAAGUUGAACACGGAAACGCCAAUUCUGAAGCCUCUGAAUUUGCCGGCUAGCCUUCAGGUCACGGAAGCACUUCAGCGAGUACUCCGUCUGCCAUCUGUGGCCAGCAAGCGUUUUCUCACAAACAAGGUUGAUCGUUGCGUGACGGGACUUGUAGCUCAGCAACAGUGUGUUGGACCGCUGCAUACACCACUUGCCGAUGUAGCUGUGGUGUCUCUCUCGUACUUUGACAAGGUUGGAUCCGCAACUGCCAUUGGAGAGCAGCCAAUAAAGGGCCUUCUGAGUGCUGCUGCAGGAGCCAGGAUGUCCGUUGCCGAGUCUGUGACGAACCUCAUGUUUGCUCAAGUGACAUCACUUCAGGAUGUGAAGUGCAGCGGCAACUGGAUGUGGGCCGCUAAGCUCCCUGGAGAAGGUGCUGCCCUGCACGAAGCAUGUCAGGCUAUGUGCAGUUCCAUGGCUGCCUUGGGCAUUGCUGUAGACGGUGGCAAAGACUCACUCAGCAUGGCUGCACGUGUGGGCAAGGACACUGUCAAGGCUCCUGGAGCCAUCGUCGUGUCCACCUAUGCACCGUGCCCCGAUAUCACAACUACAGUGACCCCUGACCUGAAGCUUCCAUCAGUAAGAAAAGAAGGACUGCUGCUUUAUGUCAGCCUGAGUGCCGGAAAGAAGCGCUUAGGAGGCACAGCUUUAGCUCAGUGCUUCAAGCAGCUAGGAGAUGAUGUGCCCGACUUGGAUGAACCUGUCAAGCUUCGCAAGGCCUUCGCUGCCACACAAGAACUGCUGAAGGGUGGUCUGUUGAAGGCCGGGCACGAUAUCAGUGAUGGUGGCCUUAUAACUUGCCUCCUGGAAAUGGCAUUUGCGGGCAACUGUGGCUUGGAAGUGAAUGUGCCCACAGGAGGUGCUGGUAACAUCCUCGAAGCUCUCUUUCACGAGGAGGUUGGCUGGCUGCUUGAGACUGAUCCAGUGAAUGAAAAGCGCAUCGUUGAAGCUUACCAGAAGGUUGGGGUGUACUGUGUUCCCAUUGGCCAUAGUAAAGUCUUCGGUCCUCAAGCCAAGGUCUCUGUGAAGGUUGAUGGCACAGAAGUGAUCAAUGGAAAGGUGUGUGAGCUGCGUGACAGCUGGGAGGAGACCAGCUACAAGUUGGAGCUUCACCAGUGUGACCCUAAGUGUGCCACCCAAGAAAGACAGGGUCUUCUGAAACGCACAGCACCUCCUUACAAGCUGACUUUCAGCCUAGACAUCCCACGACGCAACCCUGAUCCAAUGAUGAGGGUCGCAGUGCUUAGAGAGGAAGGUGUGAACAGUGACAGGGAAAUGGCAGCGUCAUUUUACAUGGCUGGCUUUGAAGCGUGGGACAUCACCAUGACUGACCUUUUGGAGGGAACCGUUACGCUGGAUGGCUUCCGUGGCCUGGUCUUCCCUGGUGGAUUUAGUUACGCCGAUGUGCUUGGCUCUGCUAGAGGUUGGGCUGCAAGUCUCAUGUUCCACCAAAAGCUGGCUGCACAGUUGGCUGCUUUCAAGAGCAACCCUCUCACAUUCAGUUUGGGAAUCUGCAACGGUUGUCAACUCAUGGCUUUGUUGGGCUGGGUGGCCCCAUACACCUCUUCAUCUGGAUCAGUUGAACCUGGAACCCAGCUUCUACACAACAAGUCUGGACGUUUCGAGUGUCGUUUCAGCACAGUGAAGAUCGAGUCAUCUCCAGCUGUCAUGCUCAAGGGAAUGGAAGGCUCCAUACUGGGAGUCUGGGUUGCGCAUGGAGAAGGUCGAUUUGAGUUCCGGCAGGAUGCCUUACUAGAGCAACUGGAGGCACAGCAGUUGGUGGGCAUGCGCUACGUGGAUGACGAAGGCCACGCGACUGAGGAGUACCCACUGAACCCGAAUGGAAGCCCCCGAGGCAUCGCUGCUCUCUGCUCAGACGAUGGCCGACACCUAGCCGUCAUGCCCCAUCCCGAGCGCUGCUCCCUUCCGUGGCAAUGGGCCUACGUGCCACAGGAAUGGCAGAAAGGCCAAGGAUUCCGCACCUCGCCGUGGGCCAAGCUCUUUGCGAAUGCUCACGACUGGUGCACCAAGACCAAGGCUCACUAGUGUGUAGCAUGUGUAGACGCGGCAGUUCUGUCACUCGCAGAGACAUGCAAUUCUCAGGGCAGCUUAAACACAAGAAGUGCCAAACCAUUAUGAAAAUAACACCUUACAUUUCCACCACAAUUAUCUUGUCUUUUUCGAGACUUCUGGCUCUCACGCUGUCCCCCACACUUUUUUUGUUCAAUACUUUCAAGGGCAUUUAUCAACUUUCUGGCAUUUAUCUGUGGUGCUUUUUCUCCACUGUUAGUAGCAAAACUUCCGUAAGGAACUGUGAAGGGCAGGUUAUGCUCAUUAUAGCUUUGUUGCCCACGUUACAAAGAGAUCUCGAUCUUUAAUUUUUUUUUUUUGUCGAAGUCACAUAACACAACACUCAUUUCAGCCCUGUAGGACAUUUGUAUGCCAUUCAUUUUGGAAUUCAAUAUUACCUUGUCCACAAGCCUAAAAAAAAUGAUGAAGGCAUUUACUGAGUUGAACAAAGGAUGACAAAAUGCUGCAUUUGACUUACUAGAACAUGUGUUAUAUAUUUUAAGUGGGCAUUAUUUGCUUGCUACAUAAACAGCUACAGACAGUAAAUUCAUAGAAAAGUGGCAUACCACAGCUGCUCACAUAACAUAGAACUAGAUCUUUUAUACAGUAAACAGCACAAUUCAUUAAUCUCUUACAGUCUAUGCUAAAAAAUAAGUUGUGUUCAGUGCUGUCUGAAAGAGAACAUGUAAGAUCAAACUGGUCUUUCAGAAUGCUUGCUGAUGCCAUGAGUAGCUUGAAUUAUCAAGAUGAAGUGUGCAAUGUACAAAUAAAUAAAUUGCUGGUGUGAAAAAUAUAGUGGAUGUCUGGAUGCAGGAAAUUGUGCUUAUAGGUUUGCUAUGUUAACAGUUGGUGCCAUGGUCAGCUGAUGCAACAUCGGGCCACAGAGCACUCUCAACAUGUAACUCUGGUAUAACUGUCAGGUCAAGCGCACGAAUAAACAGAAAGGAACAGAAACAGAAAGGACAGUUAUACCAUAAAUAUCCAACAAGCCCAACUUUCGAUUCUGUAACAUGUAACUCGUAGGUGCCUUUGAAAAUUGGUACUUUUGAAUGUUGAAAUCAGUGGUUACCCAUAAUUUGCGAGUGAAAAUAAAGUUGUUUGUGAAAGAG